UAUAUGGGGGGAUAGGUCUAUCCAGGCCAAACUGGAGGGAUCUUAUUGGAAACCGGGCGGUUUUUACUAGCAUUUCACAAGAAAUGACCGUGCGUGGGUAUAGACGUUCCUGGAUCCAAUGCCAAAGAAAAAUGAAGAGCCUCCGUAAAAAAUAUAAGGAGGCUAAAGACUCAAACAAACGAAGCGGCAGUGGACGUGUCACUUGUCCAUUUUACAACGAGUUGGACCGCAUUUUAGGAGACAAGCCCAGCGUUCAACCUUUGGACCUACUGGAUAGCUGCUGUGCCGAAGAGGAGCAGGAGGAGAUGAGCCCAAGUCCUGCAGCUAAUACAGCUAGUCCAGCUAGCAGCGCUAGCGCCAAUUCAGGUGAUGGAACCCCUGCCUAUACCUCACAGGAAAGUUCUUCAACAAGAAGUGAAGAUACAGCCUUUAAUAGCGGUGCAUCUUCCACAUCCACUGGCUCUACUUCUGCCAAGAACAGAAAAAGAAAAUCAAAGCUGGAGGCUACUCUUGAGGUUUUUGCUGACAAGAUCAGUACUGGCCUCAAAAGUGAAGAUGCCGAUCUUUUGUUGAAGAUGCAAGCAGCUCAGCGUGAGCAUGAAUUGAAAAUGUUCACGAUAUUAUCACAGUUCUUGGAGAGAUCAAACCACCCUCCACAGCAACCAUUUUACCAUACUCCAAUGCCGCCCUCACAGCCUUACAGCCCAAGACAGCAUCCUGCUCACCAUUCCUCACUGUUUCCUAUGACUUCUGCUCCAUCUCCCACCAUUGCUGUGUCCUAUCUUCCAGACUUAAGUUCACCACUGCCCUUCAAUAAUGCUCAUCCACAUGCUCAAAAUCUCCCUCAGCCCUUUUUCCAGACACCAGCUGAUAUGCGAGCUCAUUCUCCACCCUUUCAGUUUCAAGAUGAGGAUGAAAUUUAAACCAACUUGAAGUACUUUUGAACAGUACUAACAUUUGUUUUGUAGCAGGCACUUUCACUGAAUGUUGCUCAGUUGCAAUGCAAUUUUGAGAUGAGCAAUAUUUGUAAAAUACUUUGUUCUAAUGUUUUCAAAAACAAAUUUUAAAAAUAUUUAUGAUUUUUAUUUAUUUAUUUAAAA